AUACCUAAGCAAAAUCACAACCACAAAAAAAGAAAAUAAAAAUACUCUUCUACCAUACUUUCCUUCUACUUUUUUUCUGCCUGAUCUUUACUUCUCUCUGAAAAAAAAGUUCUGAGAUGGCUCUUGAAGUGAUUGGUGGAGCUUUUCUCUCUGCUUUGUUCCAGACGAUGUUUGAGAAGAUGGCUUCUCCGGAGAUGGUCAGCUUUUUCCGGAGAAGUAAGCUGGACCAUGGGCUGCUCAAAGAACUCGAACUUCUGCUGCUGUCUGCUAAUUCAGUGAUGGAUGAUGCUGAGGAGAAACAACUGAGGAACUCUCUUGUGAGGAAGUGGCUUCAUGAACUCAAGGAAGCUACUUAUGAUGCUGAGGACUUGUUGGACGCCAUUGCUACCAAAGCUUUGGAAAGAGAGAUAAAAAGCAGUGUAUCUUCAAGCAGGAGAAUCAAGGUAAAGAAACUUGUCUCAUCUUUGUUCCCUACUGCUUCUGCUUUUGAUAAUGUAAUAGAGCCAAAGAUAAAAGAGAUUCUUAAAAGGUUGAAGUUUAUUCUUGAACAAAAGGAUGUGUUAGGUUUAAAACAGGGCUUUCAAAAUAGAGUUUCACAAAGAUUACCAGCAACUUCUUUGGUAGAUGAAUCAUGUGUCUAUGGUAGGAAUUAUGACAAAGAGAGAAUUGGUCACUUGCUUUUUUCCAAUGAUGAUCAUAUUGGAGACAAGAUAUCUGUAAUUCCCAUAGUUGGUAUGGGUGGAAUUGGCAAAACUACACUUGCCGGUAUACUUUAUAAUGAUGAGAGAGUGACAAAGUUUGAUGUUAAAGCAUGGGUUACUGUCUCAGAUGAUUUCGACAUCACUAGAAUAACAAAAACUAUUCUCAGUCAUGUGGUUGAACUCAAACCAUGUGAUGAGAUAAGCGACUUAAAUCAACUUCAGGUGAAAUUGAAGGAGGUUUUAAAGGAGAAGACAUUUUUCUUUGUUCUAGAUGAUGUUUGGAACAAUAAUUAUGGCCUUUGGAGUGUCUUAAUGUGUGCUUUUGAAUCUGGAGCACAAGGAAGUAAGAUAAUUGUGACUACUCGCAGUGAUGAAAUUGCAUCAAUGGUGACUACUGUUCAACCUCUUAAACUUGAGAUAUUAUCUGAUGAAGAUUGUUGGCAACUAUUCGAGAAGCAUGCCUUUGUUCGUGUGUCUGAGGAUGCAUAUCAAAAGUUUGAAUUGAUUGGUAGAAAGAUUGUUAAAAGAUGUCAAGGUCUCCCGUUGGCUGUGAAAUGUCUUGCUGGUCUAUUGCGCUCUGAAUCAAAUUUGGAGAAGUGGGAGAAGAUAUUGAAUAGUAACAUUUGGGAGUUGCCCAAUGAGAAAAACAAUAUUCUUCCAGCUUUAUGGUUAAGUUACUACCAUCUACCACCUCACCUAAAGCGAUGUUUUGCCUAUUGCUCAUUAUUUCCUAAAGAUUUCCAAUUUAAGAAGGAAAGUUUAAUUUUGUUGUGGAUAGCUGAGGAUCUUUUGCCGCACCAAAAGUAUAAAAAUCUCAAACAAGUUGGUGAAGAAUACUUUGACGAUCUAACAUCAAGGUCGUUAUUUCAAACCUCAAUGGUAUAUUUUGGUAAGCCAAUGCACUGCUUUCACAUGCAUGAUCUUGUGAACGAUCUAGCCAACUUUAUAUCGGGAGAGUAUUGUCUUGUACUGGAUAAUACUUGCUCUAGCUCAGUUGCUACAAACAAGAGUAUCCGUCACUUAUCAUAUGAUGAGAAAAGUGUCUAUGACUUAAAUAUCUUGGAAGCUCUAUGUCAAGCAAAAUCACUACGCACCAUUUUAGGAUUGUCAAGUGUGGACCAAAGAUAUUAUCCAUUCAGUGGGUUAAAUAAAUUACCAUAUGAGUUAUUCCAAACAACAUCAUUUCCAACAACACUAAGAGUUUUGUCUCUGUGGAGAUAUGCUUAUGAAGAGUUGCCUGAUUCAGUAGGCAAUUUAAAACAACUAAAAUAUUUGGAUCUAUCCUGGAGUCGUUUGAAAAGACUUCCUAACACAUUGUGUGGUUUGCUCAAUUUGCAGAUACUACUAUUGUUUUUUUGUAGUAAUCUAAGAUUGUUACCAAAAAAUAUGGGAGGUCUGAUCAACUUGCAACAUCUUAAUAUUAGACGAACACCAUUGAAGGAUAUGCCACAAGACCUGUGUAAACUGAAAAAUUUGCAAAGCUUAUCUGAUUUUGUCAUUGGUGAGCAGAGUGGGUCUAAGAUCAACCAAUUGGAAAACUUUCACAACUUAUGUGGACAACUCUGUAUUUCUGGGCUUCACAAUAUUGUUGAUCUUGGUAAUAUUUCAGAAACUAUUCUUCAGAAUAUGAAGAAUGUGAUUGAGUUGACUCUGGGCUGGGAUGAUGAUAUCAGUGGUUCUGAGACUGAAAGUGUAGUACUUGGUAAGCUUCAGCCUAAUACAAAUUUGAAGAUACUCAACAUUAAACAUUACAGUGGCACAAGAUUGUCAGAUUGGUUAGGUGAUGCUUCUUUUUCUAAUAUUACAGCAAUCACUCUAGUAAGUUGUAAACAUUGCGUUUCUUUGUCACCGCUUGGCCUAUUACCCUCCCUCGAAGAACUUCACAUCGAUGAAAUGGAUAAGUUGGUGUCAAUAUCUUCUAAUGCAACUGAGCCAUUUAAAUCCUUGAAAGAAUUGCUUAUUUUUGAUAUGUCAAGUUUGAAAGAGUGUUGUAAUGGCAUUGCACACGAAGCAUUUCCAUCUCUGGAGUCUGUACGUUUUUUCCGUUGUUCAAAUCUUGAGUCUUUUAUGGAAGGGGGAUCCUUCUCACGUUUACAUACUAUUGCGAUCAGCGAUUGUGAAAAGUUGUUCGCUGUUCGAAUGCAGUGGAAUCUCCAUAGAUUUCCAUCACUUACAUCAUUAACUCUUUCCUAUUGUAAUGAUAUGGUGGAUUCAUUUCCGGAGGAAGGCUUGCUCCCAACCAUGCUCAAGUCUUUAUCCAUUUCAGGUUGUGAUAAACUGAAAGCCUUGAACAGUAAGAGCUUUCAGCAACUCUCCUCUCUUCAAGUGUUGGAAAUUGAGGACUGCAAGGAGCUUCGGUGCUUGCCAGAAGAACUGCCCACUUCUCUUUCCUCUCUGCAUAUACAUAACUGUCCCUUGCUAAGUGGACUGUGUGGAAAGGAGUACAUACCUAAUAUACAGAUUACAAAUUGAUGGUUGUUCAUCCUCACAGUACAGAUUGUAAAAUCUCAAGAAAAAAAAAAAGCGCUCCAGAUAUAUGUGAAGGGAAGAUGAACAGGUAAAAAUGUUUGCACCACACACUCACCACAAGAUAAUUGCUUUUUCAAAGGCAUUUUUGUUUUAGUUAAGUGUAUCUGCUGCAAAUAUUUAUCCCUUGAUAUAUAUUUAUAUGUAUAUAUAUUUUUUUUCUUCAUGAAAAUCAGAUGUUGAAUAACCAAAGUAAUGCUCAUCAAAUGACGUUUUAUUAAAUUUACAUAACAGGUUGCAUUUUGUUCUAAAUUUUUCUCUAGCUGUUUUUUUGUUUUUUAAAUUGAUAUCUAUAUAGUUUAAAAGAGCAUAAUGUGUGCGAUUGGGAGGUAAUGCAUUUCCUAUGUUUUUUCUUUCACUCUCAGAUGUAAGACUAUUGGCCUUGUUUUCUUCUUUCUUUUUUACAUUUUUAGCUCAAUGCUUACUUUGUUUUUGUAUGUGUAUGAUUAAAAGAGGUGCUUCAAUUUAGUAAAGAAUUAAGUCACGUUCUUUAUAUGUUGUAGUUUAUGUGCGAAAAAGCCAUUAAGAAAUAUAAGAUGAUCAAGACCCAAAACACAACAAGUAAUAAUCAUUAUAGAAGCUUUUAUGGUUGUCAAAAUUAGAUGAACCAUUUGAGAGCUAAUAAAUAAGAUGGAUAUUGCUACAUACUUGUAUUGUAUGGAUACUAUUGUUAAUAGCAGAAUGAGAGUCAACAUAGGAAAUUUGAGGUUCAUCUUUAUUUUGGAAAUUUGACAACAUUGUUGAUUUAUCCUUUUGGGAAAUUAAUAAUUGCAUACUGAUGCAAAAGCUUCAAUGUUUGAUCAGGUGAUGGGCAAGGAGUUUGAAGCAAUUUCAGGACUAGUUCGUCUUGUUAUUGCUGAUGAGAUACAUUGGAAUGCUUGGACUGAGCAACAAGGAGAAGAGUAGAGCAACAAAGAGAAGAGUAUAUGAAUAAGGUGGAUUGGAUUAAGAGUAGAAAAGCAGCUUACAGAUGUAGACAUUUUCAGAGAAGAAAACUUUAUUCUCUGAAUAUUAUGUAUAAUUGGCCUAAAAAUGUUGUAUUGUAUGAGAAAAUUGCAUAAAGUUGCUCAUGUUAGUAAUUUACAAAAGAAAUAUUAUUUCUCACGAGACAUUAUUUAAAGUGGUUGUUUACACAAAUUUCUUUUGUGAUUAGGGUCUUUCUCAAAAUUAGUAGUGGUGCUGUUGAGCUGAACCCAAUUAGGCCAUUUGGAAUAUUGUUCGCUGCGCUAUUGUAUUUGAAAUCGUUACCUCAAUUUGAGGAUUUAUUGCUUCAAUUUUCUUAUCAGGUGAAA